AACAGUAAUAGUGAUAGUAAUAAUAAUAGUAGUGGUAGUAGUACGUACCAUAUAUAUACUAAAUUUACUUUAUUUACGUUACGUACGUACCCUGCUUUUAACCUUUUUGUAAUAUUGGUCUCUCUAUGAAUCAAAGGCUAAACGUCCCCCCGUGUAAUGCUUCCGCCACUUGUCACUCUGUCAUUGGCCAACCCAUCAUCACGUAAUGCUCAUCUCAUUUCACCAGUCCGGGUGGGACCCACCUUGCCCCUCCUUUUUCUCCCCAGUGAUGAUAAGUGACGUAUGUUAGUCGCGUUAGACUCGGAUCCUGUCUUCUAGGUUUUCCUUUAAAAAAUAAUAAUAAAAAAAAAAACUCAACAUUUUCUUAUUUCUAAUUACUUCGACACUCUCUCUCUCUCCCUCUAUAGCUUAGUGAAAUUAAUGGAGGACCAGUUCGUCGGCAUACCGGCGGAGUUCCGGCAGCUGAUGGCGAUGAGGACGGAGCAGCCACAGCCGUUGAUUUCGCCAGCGAGGCCGCACUUGCAGGGAGAGCCCUUUUAUCAGCAGUCUUACGGCCAAACGUCGUCCUUGGGUGGCGUCGGGUUGGUGGAUCAUCAGUUCGGGUCGGGUCAUCAUAAUCAUCACCACUUUCAUCAUCGGUUCUCCACCAGCAGUAGUACUGCUACUGCUGCUGCUAUUAAUAUGAGUGGCUCAAACGGCGUCGCAUUAUAUCAUCAUGAUUUCGAGAGUAGCAGCGGAACUCAUCAUGGGUGGAUGAGUAAUAAUAUUGGGAGCUAUGAGAACAAUACGAACACAACUAGAUGGCCCAGACAAGAGACUCUUACUCUCCUCGAAAUUCGAUCUCGUCUUAAUUCCAGGUUUAAGGAUACUAAUCAGAAAGGUCCUCUUUGGGAUCAAAUUUCUAGGAUAAUGGCGGAGGAACAUGGCUACCAGAGGAGUGGGAAAAAAUGCAAAGAGAAAUUUGAGAACUUGUACAAAUACUACAAGAAAACCAAGGAAGGUAAAGCUAGGAAACAAGAUGGGAAGCACUACAGGUUCUUUCGUCAGCUCGAAGCCAUUUAUGGUGAUCAAAAUAGCAAUCAAUCCCCAGUUCUAGAAACCCAUCUCAGUAGAAGCUCUCUUCUUUAUACUGACCUUGGCAGCCAAGAGGCCCAGCUUAACCUCGAUCAUCAUCGUCAUCAUCAGUACCCCACUCAAACUAAGCUCUCUGAUAAUAAUAAUAGCCUUAGUUUCUCCAUUAACAAUUCAAGUGAUCAGUUUGAAACUUCAUCCUCAGACAACGGCGAAGAUCGGGAUCGUGGUUCGAUCAAAAUGGAUGAUGAUCAUCAGAAAAUGAAGGGCGUAGUGAGGCCUAGUAGGAAGAAGAGCAGUUGGAAAGCAAAGGUGGAGGAGUUUGUGGAUUCACAGAUGAAGAAAAUUAUGGAGACACAAGAGACUUGGAUGGAGAAAAUGUUUCAGAAUGUCAUGGACAAAGAAGAGAAGAGAGUAGCCGAAGAAGAAGAAUGCCGCAAAAAAGAGGCUGCUCAGUUUGAUCAAAAAAUUAAUGAAUUCUGGGCUAGGGAGAAAGCUUGGAUUGAAGCUCGUGAUGCUGCUGUAAUGGGAGCUCUGAACAAGGUUACUUCUGGUAAGGGAUCAUCACUACUACAAUUGCCAUCUUUUCCUGAAAGAUUAGUACUCUCACAUAAUAAGGAUCGAAUAGCUACUAGAAACUAUGUUCAUGAUCAUAACAAUCAUAGAUGGAAUGAAGAGGAGAUUUCAAGCUUCAUAGAACUGAUCAGAUCAACUAAUUGCUUGGGAGGGGCAUCAGUAGAAGGAAGUGUUGGGUUUAUUAGUAAGGAAAAUGAAAGUGUUUGGGUUGAAAUAGCUUCAAAAAUGGCUUGUUUGGGGUUCGAGAGAAGUCCAGCCGAGUGUAAAGAGAAGUGGGAGAGUUUAAGUGUUCAGGUAAGAAUGAUAAAUGAAAGUAACAAGAAGCGGAGAGAAGAUUUCAACACCAGUACUUGUACUACUACUCCUGCAACUGGUUACUCAGAUCAUGAUCGUGAUCAUCAUCAAGAUUAUCAUAAGGGCUUUAAUCAUCAUGAUGAUCAACAUCAAGAUCAUGAUGACCGAACUCUGAAACAAGAUCAUCACCAUAGGAUUAUGGGACUUCGACUGAUGGAUGAGGGGCUUUCUCCUUCAAGUGCUUCCAACGUAGGCACAACCCAAAUGAAUCCUAGUAACUGCUUUAACCUUCUGUUUGGAGAGGGAGAAAACUUGUGGGAAAAAUAUGGUUCUUUGAAGCUCGGUAAAGAUAGGAUUAACGAAUUAUGACAAGUAAGAUUGAAAUAUAUAUAUUUAUAUAAAUUUAUAUGUGUGUGUUUCAGAUAAACAUUUUAUCUGAUCAGUAGUUGUUCAUUAAUUAUUAUAUAUAAUCGACCUCUGUUUGAUUAAUUAUAACGUUAAUUUAAGAUUACUAAGAAUAUGUCCGCAAAUUACAGCAGCAGAAUCAUGCUUGACUUACAUGCAUAUAUUAUUGACUUUAUUUAUGUCUUCAA